AUGGCGUCCGACAGCGAUGUAGAGGGGUACUCCACCCCGGAAGAAGACGCCACCUUCGACGACGUGCGCCCGAGCCGCAUCCCCGGAGUGGGCAGCGCCAGUCGCCAUUUUUUCGGCGAUGAUCUGGUGGUGGUAUCCUCAUCGUCCCCGUCGGAUUCUUCAGUGCAGGAGAUCGAAAUGGAGUCCGUUGGCGACGAAGUAUACGUGGUUUCGCCCCGGCCGCAGUCAGUCACUCGCAGUGCGCGAAGUUCGUCGGCGGUAUCGCUGGACCUUGCGCCGUCACGACAAACCUCAAUUGGCAGCGCCAUAGGAGCAGCAGCCUUAGCCAGGGAGAACAGAGUUUUGGACAGUGACACCACGCUGGGCACCUCUAUGGUUGACGGUGGCCGCGAUAGCUUCGCCAGCGCCACCAGCUUCCCCCGUGAUGCAGAGUCCCGUGGCAGCGUCACCGGUCGGUCUGACCGCCAGCCGAGGGUCAGCGUCGUCGGCAGGCCCAUCGACGUGGGUGCCAGCAGUGUGCGCGGGUCACUCCACAAUGCUCGCAACACCGAUGGUGGGUCCACGAGCAGCGCCAGCCGGCGCUUCGCCACGGAGUCGCGGCCGUCCACCUCGGUAGCUGCACCUUCGCAACCGGAUAUGAGCGACGCCGUUACAGCCAGCCUCCUUGCCGAGGCGCGCGCGGCCCCUGUGCCGAAGCGGCCUCCGAUCAAGCCCGUGGCGGUGCUCUCGCCAGCGAGGAUCAUCGCCGAGUUCAAGCGCGGCUCUAUGAGCAAGCAGCAGGCUGUGGAAUCGCUGAUUCGCUACCGCAUGAACAAAAUGCUCCACAAAAACUCCGAUCGCAUGUAUGUGGACAAGGACGGGGACGUCCGCUUCGUCAAGGGCUACGACUUCGGGAAGUCGCGUGACACCCGCGGGCGAGUGAUCCGCCGCAACGGCCUCACGCGCAUCGAACGCGAGAUCUUGGCGUACCAGAAGAGCACGCACCUGCUGAUACCGCGCGCCGUCUUCGCGAGGAUAGUGCGCGACAUAGCGCAGACGUGGUGGCGCGGCCCCGAGCCCGUCAAAUUCACAGUGGAGGCCCUGUCUGCGCUGCAGGCUGCCACGGAGGACGAAAUCACACGCCUGCUGGAGAUAUCCACCGCCUGCUCGUAUCACGCGAAGCGCAUCACACUGCGCAUAGACGACAUGCGGCUGGCACGAUUCUGCCGUGGCCGGCAGGAGUACGAGUUUUUCAACAUAAAGCGCUGA